GACACCCAAAAUAAAAUAAAAAAAACAAUCAAACUUGGGUCUCCAUUUUAGUCUUUUGACUCAUAUGAACCCUAAUUUUGGGUUGGAUUACUCUCUCUCUCUUAAAAUUAGAUUUCAAAGGGUCUUACCUUUUUGUCUUCCUCGUAUCUCGCAGCCUCGAGGGCUUCCGACAUUCUCAGCGAUUAUGCUCGAAUCCGUGAGUUUCUAAGGAAGAGGAAGGGACAUAAAAGAGCAAGUCUUUGGAGUUAAGAGUAAGACUCUUGUGUGUUGUGUUGGGAUGGAUCAAAUAGUUUCAGGAGAAGAAGAAGAAGAGCUUGGUGUUGACAUUGAAGAAGGUGUUGGCUUCAAUGAUAUAACGACCAAUCAAGAAGAUGUUGUUCUGGAUCAGGUUUGGAAUGGGCGUUUGAGUUAUGAACACAGGUCUGAAAAUACCACUGAUGACGAUGAGGAUGGUGGUCUGAUAAACCCCUUGAUUCAAGAUGGGAAGAGGAGAGAAAGAAGCAGCCAAAGUCUGGACCUUUCUGAUAGAAAAUUCGAUAGUGUCAAGGUUAAGAAGACGAGGAAGCCUUCUUCAAAGCCUCCUAGACCUCCUAAAGGUCCUUUGUUGACUGCAAACGACCAGAAGCUGAUGAGGGAGAUCGCAGAGCUCGCUAUGAGGAAGCGUGCUAGGAUUGAACGUAUGAGAAGAAUGAAAGCAGCAAAGUCUUCUUCUCCUUGCAGUAGCAUUUUGGCUAUGAUAGUCACUGUUAUCUUCUUCGCCUUUCUUAUCUUUCAAGGGUUCUUCACAAGCAAUGCAAGUUUGAGUUCAGACAAUUCUCCUGCACCAGACAACAACCGUAUGGUCUCUGUUCAGUUCUACAAUGAGUUUGCUCCUCGUGAGAGAAUAGAUCCCAGCCCUACUACGACGUUCAGGUAUAAGAGAGUCUCGGGUGCAGACAAUGAAGAGAACACAAGAGAAGUUAACAGAUGAGAUAGCUCUCUUGGGAUUCUUGUAAUGUAAACCAAAAACAGUACUUUUUUUUUGUUUUGUACUUAAAUUCUUGACAUCAUUGUAUUGUUCUUUUUGCUCUGUUAUUUGUGCUCACAUGUGUGUCUCUGCGUGUAUAUAUAUGUUCUUAUGGAUGAACCUCUAGCCUUCUUUAAGGUUAGGCUUUGUACAGCAACCGAGUCUUAUCACCUAAAACAAUAAUGCUGAUGAAGUCAUGAUGGUUGAUGGUAA